GGAUGGAGCAGCUGAAGACAGAGAAGAGCUGAUGGAUGGAACCGAGGAGGGAGCAGUUGCUACAGAGGACUUAUUUACAGGGUUAAAGAAAGGAUAGGUGCAGCAAGUGGGAGCAGAGGACUGAUAUGUGGUAGUUAGCAGAGUAUACUGGGCCGUCACUGGGGAUGCUGUCGGGGAUGCAGGAAGAGUGCCUUGAGCGGAGGAAUGACGUUGUAAGCUGACUGAAGCUGGGUGCAACAAGUCUGACCAUGUCUGCAGUAUGGGUUGAACAAAGCUCAGCUUACACAAAGCCUGUCUGGUCAAAGACUGCACUGCGUUUAUACAAUCCCUUAAUACCUGUUGUGAACAUGCAGCAUAAUGCUCCAAGAAGCAAUCCACAUCAUCCUCUAAUAACCACACCAGGGACUCUACCUGGUCUGCACUAAAUGGUGGCAAAAAUUCAUCCCUGCAUUCGGGGGAACCAGAUGAAACCAACUCUGCACAAACCUCAAUCAAUGGCUGCACCUCAGAGAACACUGUGCCCUGAUCUACUAGAACAUGAGCAAGCCGUAUACAUUCUAGCAAUUCAUCCCGGGUAUACUCCUUCAGAGUCUGAUAAGCAUACUCCCUGUCAUCAAACACUAGCAGAUAUAAAUACUCAACCUCAUCAAGAUCCAUCCUUCCCAUCAACAAGCCAAGAUGGCUUCCCUGUGCAGCCACUUCUGGUCAGGAUUGGCCUUGGUGUAAUGUCAGGGCUCCCAGGUAUGACCAGA